UCUCAGAGAGACGAGACAGAGAGAGAGGGCAGAUCUAAGAAUCCAACACAAAGAGCUAAGCAGAGCAGCAGCCAUGGCAUCUCCGGACCAUCUCUUCAGCCUUCGAAACAACUUCUAUUUGGGUGCCUAUCAAGCUGCCAUUAAUAACAGCGACCUUCCCAAUCUCUCCUCAGAAGAUGCAGUCGAGAGGGAUUGCCUUGUUUAUAGAUCUUACAUUUCUCUCGGAAGCUAUCAGCUUGUUAUCAACGAGAUCGAUUCUUCGGCUCCCACGCCUCUCCAGGCUAUCAAAUUGCUUGCGCUCUAUCUCUCUGGUCCAGAAAGCAAGGAAUCUGCAAUUUCGAGUCUUCAAGAGUGGUUAGCAGAUCAAGCCAUUGGAAGCAACCCUGUUUUACGGUUGAUUGCGGGAAUCAUUUACAUGCAUGAGCAGGAUUACAAUGAGGCCCUGAAGCACACCAAUUCUGGGGGAACUAUGGAACUGCAUGCACUGAAUGUUCAAAUAUUCCUUAAGAUGCAUAGAUCAGAUUAUGCAGAGAAACAGCUAAAGAUUAUGCAACAAAUAGAUGAGGACCACACGCUAACCCAACUUGCAAAUGCAUGGCUAAAUUUGGCAGUGGGUGGUUCUAAGAUACAAGAAGCAUACCUGAUCUUUCAAGAUUUCUCUGAGAAGUUUCCAAUGACCAUAUUGGUCCUCAAUGGCAAGGCUGUCUGUUGCAUGCAUAUGGGACACUUUGAUGAAGCUGAAACCCUGUUGCUAGAAGCUCUAAACAAGGAUGCAAAGGAUGCCGAAACUCUGGCCAACCUUUAUGUAUGUUGUCUUCACCUUGGCAAACAAUCAUCUCGUUUUCUCAGCCAAUUGAAACUCUCACACCCUGACCACAUGCUUGUCAAACGCAUGGUGUCUGCUGAAGAGAGCUUUGACAGAGCUGUUCAAACAAUUGCUUGAAGGUCUUGUGGGUCAGUUGAUAAGCUGCUGAUAGUUGCAUAAUCCAAAUCUUAUUGAAUAAUUUUAGAUUUGUUUGGUUUUCCUCUUUUGCAUUAAUGUUUCUUUACUUACUGGUGUUCAUACUGUUGGAGUAGUUGUAGUAGUGCUCCUUCCCUUUUGUCUGUUAUUUUCAAUUGUAGUUUAGGUAAUCGGCAACACCUUGUGUGAGCAAUAUAUGGAUUGAACAUAGAGGAAUGCUUUCAAGGAUGUCAAAUUGUAUUUGUUGAAGUGGAAAAAUGUUUGUGUUGAUCCUCUUUUUGUAGGAGAAGAUAUUUUCAGAAAUUAUUGCACUGCUGUUU